AUGCUUGAGGAAAUUUGCACUUUAAUUUAACAAAUCGAAAUACUUCGUGCUACUGCAUAUGAAGAGCUUGAAAUCCCCCAUUUAAUAGAAAAAAUUGAAAACUCUUCUAUUUACAAAGACCAAAUAAAUUUGUUCAACUCAGUCGUCUACAUUAGAGAAUUCUAAGAUGAAAACUACAUUAACUAUGCUACCAACUUAUUUAAUAAAUUCUAAUAUGCAAUGAUGAAAUUGCAAGUAAUCUAUGAGAACUUAACCAAAUUAGACUUCAAGAUUCAUUAUUCUCAAAAGAGUGUUAUCUCAAACUGCUUAGAAGUACUUAGCAAAUAUUUCUCAGAAUAAAAAGAAGAAAGCCAAAAGAACAUUUGCUGA